AUGAAAAAACAUUUACCUAUUUUCCUCAUAUUUCUAAUCUAUUUUUCACUUCAACAAUGUUCACAACGAGAAAAAUUGAAAAAUCGAGAAUUUGUCAAAACUUUGUUUGUUUUUAUUGCGCCAUAUAACUCGUGGAAUGACCGAUAUUCAGAAGAUGAUGUGAGUUUUUAAAAAUUAUUUUGUAGGGAUUGAAUUUUUGAAUAUGAAUUUUCAGCUGGAAAGAAUCAAGAUUUUGUACGAACAAGUGAUGUGUGCAAUUCCAUCCUAUGAAAAAUUCAAAUAUAUGACUGUGAUGAACCGUCAUAUAAGCGAUGGAUUCUUAUUACACAAGAUUGAAAUAAUAAUUGAGCUAGAAACCGACUGGAAUUCAGCUAGAAAUAAAAUCAAGUCAACUAAAAGUGAGCUUUCUAUAGUCAGGAAUGGGAUCAGUAUAUUUGAAGAAACCAUGCGAAGUAUAUUACCUUAUAAAUCUUCUUAUGAUCGCAUCGAAAUAUUUCAUUAUUUUCCCUGGGAUAUUUGGGAUUUGAGUUCUGUAUAUUUGGAAGUUUUGAAAGAAAUUCAGAUGAAUGGACAUGUCAAUUUUAUACGGCAUGAUUCUAUUGAAUAUUUUGGAUAUAAAUCAUUGAAUUUACCCGAUAUUUCAUUGAUUGAUUUGAAUUCGAAGGAAGUUAGUCCAGAUGUCAAACUAUUGGCGAGAAAUCUGUGAGUUGUAUUGUAGAUUAUGCGAAUUUUCAAUUUUCAAUUUUUAUUUUCAGCGUUGCAUCAAUUCUCGACAUCAAACCUGAUCCAAUAAAAACAGUUGUUCCUGAAUGCGAUUUCUUUUGGAAAAUGUUUGGUUUGAUCGUGAUUGGAAGUGUUAUUGGCUCGAUUGUUGGAUUUAGUUUGGCUACAUCAAUCGCCUGUUUCCUCAAGAAGAGGAAUUUGAAAUCCAAACCAAAAUCGAAAGAAACAUCGCCAGAAAAACCUACUGGAAAACCAGGAAAAACUAAAAAAUUGGCAAAACGAAAAGCAAUUACUGAAGUUAAGAUCGAAACUGAAGGGGGAACAACACAAGGAUCAACUCAGACAUCAACUCAAGGUGGAACAACUACAAGUGGAACAACUCGGGGUAAAACUACAAAUGAAACAACUCAGGGCGGAACUACAAGUGGAACAACAACAAGUGGAGCAACUCAGACAUCAACUCAAGGUGAAACAACAACAAAUGGAACAACUCAAGGAUCAACUCGGUGUGAAACUACAACUGAAACAACUCAACGAAGAAUCAGAAAAAAAAGUGAUUUUGAUUCCGCUGAAAACUGUUGA